CAGAUUUAUAUAAACUAAGUGUUCUUCAGAAGUCUAAGGCAAAAUGUUGCACUCUGCUAUUAAUGCGUUUGUUCUUUUGUUUCUUAUAAAUAGGGUCAAUGUUACUUUGGCUACAGAACCAGUAUGUUCAAAAUUUGAUUAUGAAGAAAAGCUUUUAGAAAAAGUUAUUAGACAAGAAAUUAAGGUAGAAACAAUGGAAAGUGAAAUAGUGAAAACUCAAGAUUCUGUCUUGAGCACUUUAAACGAAAUAAAUAAGAAAGUUGUCGAUAUCAACGACAGAUUUGAAGACCUGAGAAAUAAUAUCACGGAAGAGAUGAUUGCAAAAACUAAGGAUUUAGAGAAGAAAGAGGAACUCUUCAAGAAUUUAAUUGAAGAACUACAAGCAAAUUUCACGAGCGACACGGAAAAUCAAAGAAAGGCUAUUACUGACCGUCAAGAAUUUUUCAAGAAUUUAUUUGAUGAACUACGAACGAAUUUCACGAACGACAUGGAGAAUCAAAGAAACGCUCUUACUGACCUGAAAGAGGAGAUAGCAAGUCCUUCCGUCGCAUUUUAUGCACACCACGUAACAGAUCUGGUCCUUGAUGUGACCCACGAGAUCAUUGUGUUUGAUACAAUCAUUACCAAAGAGGGUUCUGGAUACGACACCUCCACAGGGAUCUUCACUGCCCCUGUCGGAGGAUUGUACCAGUUCACUGUCCAUGUUUGUGCACUUACUGAAACAUAUUCUGUCGUUGGCUUGUCACUGACAGGGAAGGUUGUUGCUGCAGCAACAAAUUACGACAGGGACCACUACAUCUGUAGUUCAGUAGGAGCAGUAGUUAGAAUGAACUCGGGAGAACAGAUAUGGGUGAAAUGUACCUCAGGAUCUUCUACCUAUAGGUUAUAUCAAGACAACUAUAGAAUGAACACAUUUAGUGGCAUUCUGCUUAACAAAUAGAUGAACAAACUCACAUGUUGUUCUUUAUAUGUACUUUAUAUUAGAAGUAUGAAACACCCACAGGACUAUUGUAUGAAUAUUUGAAUUCAUUUUUAUAUUCUUGAUAAAGUAUCUGUAAACAACGGAAGAUCUUUUUUCUCAUUAUGAACAGAAUUGAAUCUUUACCCUGCUAAAUUUCUAAAAUGGACUGGUCCAUCAUUAGAUUUAGGCAAUACCACUUAUUAUUCAAAGGGUGUUCCCUAAAAAUUUACCGACUGAAUUCAUAUAGAUCUAUAAUAGCAAACAGUGAAGAUCAAGAUCACUGAUCACAAAGGCAUGACUAAAACAGUUCGCGCUUUGGCAAAGACAUUUAAAUAAACAAUAUUUUUAGGUUAUUAGCUUUGUAUCGGGAAAUGUGCACGAGUUCUUCAGCGGAAAUAUUGCGCGACUUCAGAAGCGCAAUAUUCUUACGCUGAAGAACGAGUGCAUAUUUCCCGAUGCAAAGAUAAUAACCUUUUUAUUACAUACGCAUCUACACGUAUAAACAUAAUAUAAAUAUCAUAAAUUUGUUCAAAAGCCUGAAUAGGAUUGACAAUACUUAACUAAAUAGAAAAAAUAGUGCAACAACAUACACUGAAUUACGACACGCACCCGAUAUGAAAUUCAGGCGUCAGUGUAUGGAAACAUAUUGUAAGUGUAAUUUAACGGGGAAUAGAAACGAGUAUGUAAUAACAUAUUUUAUUCCCGUGAAAUAAAACAGCAAAUCUUUAACUUGUUGAUGUUUUCCUUUUGAAAAAUGCAUAAUAAUAUUUCCAGAACUUGCAAAAUAAAGCAUUAGAAAUAUAUCGAAUAAAACUUAUUUCCGUAUCAGAAAUAUUUUAGAUACUUA